UGGUCAUUACAUUAUUAUUGUUACGAAAUCAAGAGUGUUAUUAGUAUCAUUAUAAUACACCUUUGUACCUGUAGUCAUAAUGUAGUGACUACAGGUACUAAUACAACAAGCACUGUUUGUUUACUCUCAGUGUAAUUACGUCCUUUGUAGGUAUAUAAUUAUGUAGUUCCAAUUCAAUUGUUUCUAGCACCAAAGUCAAAUGUUUUCAUAACAAUAGAAGGUCAAAGUUUCAGUUACCAUGGUUAUUUAGGUCAAACCACUGUGCUGUAUGUUACCAAUCUCAUGUUUCAGUUAUAUGAGGGCGCCACUAGCUUCAUAAUUAAUAUGAAAGAACUGUAGUUCCAUAUUUGGCCACCAAAACAUUGUAAGUUUGUGUCCCAAAUCAGCAAGCUCGUUUCCGCUUGCGCGCGCAUCGUCCUAUUGAACUUUUUUCCAUUAACGGGCCUAAACAAUAAAACUAUUCCGUCGAUGUCAAUUGGGCAGAAAUACAAUUAAAACUUAUUAAAUUAUCCACAAAUGGCCAAAUGUUGCGCUGUUGAGCAAACCCCAAGAGCUCAGCGUAGGCUUCACGGUUUACAACUACCUUUACACUAUCAACAAGUUAUUGGUUGGAUUAUAUUCCUGGUCACUGCCAUAAUAAAUUUUACAAUUUUAGUGAAUAUCCAGUUUCAAGAAUUAAAAAUAAUUUCACUGACCAUCUUUAUCAUUUUAUACGUAACGCACAUCGUGUCACACGGCGCUGCGUUACUAUUGGACCCAAGUGAAGAAGACCUGAAGAAACUGAAAGUGAAUAAUGUGCCAGAAUUCGAUCGAAGCAUUCACACUCACGUCAUCGAAAAUGGGAGGUGUCACCUGUGCAACAUUUACACGAGCAGCAAGAAAACAAAACACUGCAGCAUUUGCAACAAAUGCGUCGACCACUUCGACCACCACUGCAAAUGGUUGAACAACUGCGUCGGCCAAAGGAACUAUGCGGCUUUCAUCACUGCCGCCGCUACCGCCUUGUUCAUAUCCAUGUUUACGUCGUGUUUGUGCCUUACAGAUAUUAUUCUAUUCCUAUCGUACCCUCAGAAAUUAAGCGUAUCCGCACAGCAAUUCAUUAACUGCUCGAUCUACGAGGCGACCAGUUAUAAUAAGUACUGUAAGAACUCUAUAUGUUUUUUAGUGUUUCUUAUCGUACUGUGUGUAAGUGCCUUUGCAAUAGGAUGUGCCUUGUUGCAUCUGUGUUGUUUUCAUGUUUAUAUAUGGAUUUUAGGAGUAUCUACAUACGAAUACAUUGUUAAAAGUGGAACACCCGAUGCUCCAAGAAUACAAUGUAUUUCUAAGGGUAGUUGUUGCAGAAAGAGAUGUACAAAGAAAUUGUACCAAAUAAAAAAGAAUCACGAUACUGAAAUGGGUUCGGAAGAUCCAGGAAAGACGGCAAAUAGCGAAGCAAAUGUCAGCAACUUGAUUGGUAUUUUAAUUAAUCACGAAUUGGAUAAAGCUAAAAAGCUAUUCCUGUAUGACAAAAAUAAAAUACACCCUGAAAGUGAUAUAGCGGAACGGUAAAGUAAGUAAUAAGUGAACAAAUCCGCUCCAGUAGACCACUUCUGGAAAUGAUCUUGAUCGAAACGAUGAUCUGUGACCUUUCACACCAGCGUGUCUAGCGUGGGCGUCUAUUCAGCCUUUGGCAAACGUUGCAUCAGCCAUAGAGACUGAUACACCUCACUCAAUGUACGAGUAUAAUACCUACAGCUAUUCAUAUUCACAAAUGGAUGUACAGUCAUCUGUUCACAAGGAAGUCUCCAAAAACAUUUGAGACGACUGGCAUUUGGAGAGCGUGAUGUCUCAUACUUUUGCGGCCUUCGAAGAAUAACAUAAGUAUUAUAGGCUACUUGCCUCCUAGUCAAAUCAGCUUCUUUUUAAGAACUGUCAAAACGAGUUACUUUAUAUAUUUCUACCAGACUUAUUAAAUAGAAAUUGGAUUUAAAAAUGA